AUGUCGUCUCUUGAUUUAGUAUUCACCGAUGAAAAUUCAGCAUCAUCAUCGAAUUCCUUUUUUUCAACCAAUGUAUCGUGGCUCUGUUCAACACCUUCGUCCUCUUCGAAAUCAAGUCCACCAUCAGCAUCGCCGAAAUCUCCAACGUUACUGAAACCAUCAAUCACGAAAACAACAUCGAACAAACGAAGAGUGAUGCUGAAUAUUGAGGGUUACCAAUUUCAAUUAAAAAAUUUUAACAAAGAUAAAACACUCAAGUUUUGGCGCUGCGCUGUGCGAGAUUGUGGUGUACUUUUGCAUACAAAUCUCAACGAUGAAUUCGUGCGCUUUUCUGGAAAGAAGACCGAACACACUCAUUUACCAAACACGAGCACAGUGGAAAUUCGUGAUGUUAAAGAAAAAAUGCGGCAAAGAGCAGAAAAUGAAUUAAUACCACUUCAAGAAAUCGCUGAACAAGAAAUACGAGGUGGCUUAUUAAGUGGUGAAGCUUUAGCUGUACUGCCAAAUAUUUUGAAUAUCGGUAUUGUACUCCACUUUUUGGGUAAUACACGUCGAAACAUGCUUCCUCCGAUACCACAAUCAUCGUCUUUUGUCAUACCAGAAAUUUACACAAAGGAUUAUCUUAAUCGUGAUCGUUUGUUAUUGCACGACAAUACUGACCCCAAAUUUCAAUCCAAUGUAACGAGUGAUAUACACCCAUCAGGAAGAAUAUUAAUUUGGUCGUCAGAUAUGCAACUAAAUUUAUUAUUCAAUAGUCAAAGGCGGAUGAUGGGCUUAGCUCUUGUGCCACCAGCAUAUGUUCCUGAAUUAUUUAAUGAGCUUGGUGAAGAAUUAAGUGAAGCUGAACGCGAACAAAUAGCCGAUUUAGUGAAUCAGAUAAGCAGUGGGAUGAUUCGUCGAACAAAACGAUCUCAAUCUCGAAUCGCCGAACAACGAAUGAAAGAAUUAUAUGAUCGAUUUCAUGAGAAACAAAUAACAGCACAGGAUUUAUUACGUGGUCUUUCUUUUUUUUUAUUGUGA